CUUUCAGGGUUACGUCUGUGUAGAAGAUUGAUCAUAAGUUGCUUCUGAAGAAGAUGGUGAAGUUAAUAAUCCUUGUAUUGGCAUUGUUUUGGGCAUUUACGUCUGCGUAUUCUCUCCCUUUCGUUGUUUUCCAUGGAAUUGCAGAUCAAUGCGCAAGCAGUGGAGUGACAAAUUUUACCAAUCUUCUAAGCAAGUUGUCGGGUUCCAAAGGACAUUGCAUAGAAAUUGGAAAUGGAGCAAGAGAUUCCUGGUUCAUGCCAUUCAAAAAACAGACUGAAAUUGCUUGUGAGAAGGUGAAAAAUAUUAGUGCGCUCAGCAAAGGCUACAAUAUAGUUGGACUUUCCCAGGGAAAUAUCCUUGGUCGUGCUGUUAUUGAGUUUUGUGAAGGAGCCCCUAAAGUGAAUAAUUUUGUAUCACUGGCUGGUCCACAUGCUGGGAUAGCUUGGAUUCCUUUGUGUGGUUUAACUAAUUACGGAAAUGUCUGCUUUCCAGUGGACUAUGUGAUGAAAUCAGGAGUAUAUAGUAAAUAUGUGCAGGAAAACUUUGCACCGGCUGGUUAUAUAAAAAUCCCAACUGCUAUUAAUCAAUACAUGGAAGGAUGCGAGUUUCUUCCUAAACUGAAUAACGAAUACAAGGAUCAGAAGAAUGCUGUUUACAAGAAAAGAUUCGCCAGCUUGCAGAAUCUUGUGCUUAUCAUGUUUGAUGAUGAAGAGGUUUUGGUUCCGAAAGAAACCUCAUGGUUCGGGUAUUUCUCAGAUGGAUCGCGGAAAAUGGUUUUGCCUGCUCAAGAGACAACAUUGUACAAGGAAGAUUGGAUUGGUUUACAGAGUUUAGAUAAAGCUGGAAGGGUGCGAUUCAUAAAUGUAUCCGGAGGGCACCUCGAGAUAUCGGAUAUCGAUACGAAUAAAUAUAUUGUGCCUUAUUUGAAGAGAAGUUUCUGGUGGAAUCGACCAUUGAUAUGA